AUGGACGAGGAAGAUGUGUCGUCGGAUGUGGAAAACGGGGAAGAAAACCAAGACGAGGACGAAGAAGCAAUAGCGAUUCGACCCUUGGAUCAAGAUAUCAUAAUCCCAGGUCUUUCUUUGCUGUGUCGAACAGGAAAUGGAUUAAGACACGCAUUCAUUAAAGUCGUUUUAAAGGACAAACGACUAAGUGACAUGGCCGCGAUCAGCAGUUACGUUCACCUUCGCUUCAUGGACGUGUCCAACAACCGUAUUUCUGACCUUUCACCUCUGUCAUCCCUCACUCAGCUUCUUUGGCUUAAGAUUGACAAGAAUUAUGUAACAUGCUUCCAAGGGCAAACCUUUUCUCAGCUGGUCUACCUGCAGUGGCUGAGUAUGGCAGCAAACCGGCUCACAGAAGUGGAAGGUCUUGUUGGACUAGCUUUGGAAAGUCUAAAUCUUUCAGGGAACCGUAUCGAGAGAUUAAAUGGUCUCGAGAGUUGUCUUUUUUCUAAACUGGGGACUUUGGAGCUCAGAGGGAACCGCUUGACUUCAACCAAUGGAAUCAACCUUCCUAAUCUAGAACGAUUAUAUCUGGCCCAGAAUGCAAUUACAAGUCUAGAGGGCUUGGAGAAAUUAGAGAGACUCACUACUCUCCAUCUACGUGACAACAAACUUGGUACUCUUGAAGGACUUAAUGCCAACAUGAAGUGUCUUCAGUAUCUUAAUGUCAGAAGCAACGACUUCUUGGAUGAGACAUGCCUGCGGGCCCUUGAACUCGUGUCAAAGACUCUGCGAGUGCUUAUCCUCUCGGAGAAUCCAUUGGACGGAACCACAGACUACCGGCCAUAUGUCCUGACUCUCAUUCCUAAACUGGAGCGUCUUGAUAAAGAGCCUGUCUCCCUGGAGGAGCGGGCUGAGGUGUGGAAGACAAUUCAGGAACUUAAAGAGGAAACAGGCUAA